AUGAACAUCUUUAGACACCAGCUGUUUAUGGAAUCGAUGGGCUCAAGAGUGAAGAAGGAGCCUGGAACACCAGUACGACCAGUACGACCAGAAUCAACCUCCUCCCAUGUGACGACUCCUGUCAAAUCCUCCAACUACCUUCAUUAUGCCGUGGAGUCCUCUCUCAAACGACGAAGAAAACGACUCCGAAGUGAACUGAAAGCCUUGGACCUGCAGCUCAGCUCUGAGUCCGUCUCUUCAUCGACAUUCAACGAUACCGCGUUCGAUUCUCCCUCUUCUGAUACUUCGGAUGCGACCUUUUGGACCGAUGCUGUGUUAGACAAGAUACAAGAGAACUAUGGGACAGUGGCAUGGACCUCGCCAACUCGCUCUUUGCUGGUAUAA